AAAAAUAUUUAUCUUAGAAAGGAGAAUCUGAAGCUCUGCAGACGACGCCGUAGGAUUGUGAUCGCUAGAUUUAGUCGAUUAAUCUCUUCUACCAGGCCAUUUCGUAUAUAUACAUAUAUUUUUUAUUUUUUUUGUUUCACUUAACCAGGUGAGACGCUGUCGCAGAGGGCAACAAAAAAGGAAAAACACACAGAGGACCUGCCCGUGCCUGGGUUUUGAUUGAGAGAAGUGGAGAGGUCUCUCACACCCACUAGCAGCAGCAGCAUCAUGCGCGCGCUUAAGAACUAUUUGUGUCGUUUUAAUCCUCGAAAUGUUCCAUCUCGCCACUUCUCAUCAUCCCCAUCACCAUUCAGUAAAAGAGAUGAGCUAUCCAUUGAAGAAGAUGCUGAGAGGAAAAUUGGAUGGUUGCUGAAAUCAAUCUUUGUCGGGACCGCAGCCUUUGUUGGUUAUCAGUUCUUUCCUUACAUGGGAGAUAAUAUGUUGCGACAGUCGGUUUCGCUUUUGCACGUUAAAGAUCCCUUCUUUAAAAGAAGUGGAGCUUCUAGACUAGCCCGUUUCGCCAUUGAUGAUGAAAGAAGGAUGAAAAUAGUGGAGAUAGGUGGGGCUCAAGAGUUGUUGAUCAUGCUGGAAGCUGCAAAAGAUGACCGCACCAGGAAAGCAGCUUUGAAAGCUCUUGCUGCCCUCUCACAGUCAGAUGAAGCUCUAGGAGCUUUACACCUUGCUGGGGCAAUAUCGGUGGUUAAGUCUGUCCCAGAUUCCUCUGAGGAAGCAGAAAUUGAGAAAUUCAAGGCUAGCUUGCUGAAGAGGUUCCAGGAUCUGAAAUAUGAGAACUCAUCUUAAGUAAUUUGUUCAAAGUACUCGGCACAGGCCCCCCCAAUUAUUUUGUGUGAACUGUUCGAUAUGCUCGCCAGAAAUGGGUAUGUUCAUUGGUGCUGGAGUUAUGCAUGGGCGUGGACAGCUGCUUUGUUGGAAUUUGGAAAGCUGUCAUCGUCAACCCUCUAUUCAGAUGGUAAAAUGGAAGUAUUAUUCUAAUCUUGUUCUUUUAUCAAUUAACACUGUAUGGUUCAGGAUUCUUUGCAAGUUCAUACAUUAUCAAAUGCAAUUCGGCAUUUGUUCCAAUCUGUUGGAAUUUGGAAAGCUCUGAUUCACCCCCCUUCCUGUGUCUAAAAAAUUUUCUUCCAAUUUUCUUGUCAUAUGAAAUCUCUCUCUUUUUUUAUUCACAAUGAUAUAUGAAUCUGAUUCAAGAAUGUUUGGAUUAUCAUCUUACCCACUCCAGUUUUUAAAUCCUGGGUCAAUGCUCUCUCACAUUAGAGGCCAGGAGUUGUAAUGAAUCAAAUGACGCAAUCUCAUAUGUUAUUUUUCAAC